AUGUCACUCCCAGGCGCAUCUCAACGGCCGCGUAUCUCUCGCUCGAACACUGCACAGCGCGCGGAGUACGACUACUUCUCCGACAACCCGCCGCCGAAGCAACUCGAGACUCAUUCUAAACUAGCUCAAGAAUUCAUCGAAUACCAUGCUGCUGCCAAUAACCGCGUCGUGCUGAUAACCUCCGGGGGCACUACUGUUCCCCUCGAGCGCCAGACAGUGCGUUUUAUCGACAACUUCAGCGCUGGUACUCGCGGUGCCACGUCGGCCGAAUACUUUCUCGAGGCGGGGUACGCCGUCAUCUUCCUGCAUCGCCAAUUCUCGCUGCUUCCCUACUCGCGGCACUACUCCCAUGCCACCGACUGUUUCCUCGACUUCCUUUCCGAGUCCGCCGACGGGACUGUGGUCGCGAACCAGGAGCACCAGGACAAAAUGGUCCACGUGUUGCGCAAAUACAACUCCGCCAAGGCCAAAAACCUUCUUCUUACCCUCCCAUUCACAACCAUCACCGACUACCUCUUCAUCCUUCGCUCUGUGAGCCAGCUCAUGCGCCCCCUCGGCGCCCACGGCCUCCUCUACCUCGCCGCCGCCGUAUCCGACUUCUUCGUUCCCCCGACCCGCAUGGUCGAGCACAAAAUCCAAUCCACCGACGCCGUUAAGAGCCGAGCACCAGAAUCCCCCGAAGUCUCCAACCUCGGCAUUGUGGACCGUUCCCCAGGCCCCACCGCCUCUCCCCUCGAUACCACCAACGACUCCCCCGGCUCCGAAGACGAAGUCUUUGACAACUUCGACUCGUCACCGCGCGUGCCGCGCUCCAAGCGUUUGAUAGUCGAUCUAGACCCCGUCCCGAAGUUCCUCAAGAACCUCGUCGAUGGCUGGGCACCCGAAGGCAUGAUCGUCUCCUUCAAGCUCGAGACUGAUCCCGAGAUACUCGUCCACAAGGCUGAGUACAGUCUCGAGCGAUACCAGCACCACCUCGUCAUUGGCAACCUGCUUAGCACGCGUAAGUGGGAGGUGGUGUUUGUGAGCAAGGGCCGUGCGGUAGAGGGAUCGCGCAUGCGCGAAGAGUGGAUCCGUGUGCCGAGGCAAAGGCGAGGAACGGGAGUCAAGGAUUGGACGGGAAAGGCGGCCCUGUUAACAGUAGGUGAUAAGGUGGGCGUAGCGGAUGCGAUUGAGGAUGAGAGGGAGCACCCGAGUGAUCCAGCCGACCUGAUGGGCGAGCCGGAGAUCGAGAUCGAGGGGUUGAUUAUCCCCGCAGUGGCAGACAUGCAUACGGCGCAUAUUCAAGCGCAUUGGAAGGUAGCGCCGGUCGCUUGA